CAUCUGGAGAGUGGAGACCUGGUGAGAAGCAGUGGGCAGGAGGAGGCGGGUGGUGUGUGUCUUCCGUCACCCUGACCCGGUGGAAAGAGGAGCAGAGUGUUUUGCUUGGUCUCCUUGGUGAGCAUGGUGAUCGUCUGAGUGGGCCAGAUUGUUUGGUUUCACGCCCUAUUGUGCUACUUUUGAUCACGUUGGACUUUAAAAAAUAGCCAAACGUUUGUUAGCCGUAGUUGUGCUGGGGACAGUACUGGUCAGUACCUGAGUCAGAAGCUGAGAAACGACCUCGAUAUGAUGAAGGCAUUAGCAACAAACGCCCACUAGGGCGUCGCUGAGGCUUGGGUGUAGUCGACAGCCGCCUCGACCUCAGUGGAGGACGGCCACAACAGACUGUGAUUGAAAGUUCUGAAAUGAUUCAACUCGGAUCCUAUAUUUUUGGAUGAUAAAGACAAAGAUACCGUGACACAUUAUAAUAUGAACAUUCUUUAAAGCAGGCCCAUGCCCAUGUCUACAAAUGAUAUCUAUACGAAUAGCCACAAGAUGGCGUUCCUUGCUUAAGGGCCUCGGCACAGAACCAAUUACAAGCAAGUUGCAACUGUUAAAAAAAACAUAGUAAAAUAAUAUUUAACGUUAUCUUUCCAACAAUUUUUUUUUGUGAUCAUAAAACUCUCAGGCAUUAACCUCAACAUUCCAAGUUAUUGUUGGUAGGCCAGAGCAGUGCAGUUCAUUGUUGUUCUUUGGUGUCCCCUUGGGCCCUAAAGUUGAUAAAUCUAUGCAGUCAUUCAUAUGUGCAUCAUUUUCGGCCGCCAUUAAGGAGCCUCUGCGACGGUUUUACACACAAUCGAUUUUAGAGUUUAACACUAAGCUGUGCUGGAAGGUAAAAUCUAACCAUGACUUGUUGGCAACUUGCAAAGUCCUUUUACAAUUCCCCAGCAACAAUUAUUUACAUUUUUAUAUUCAAGUUGAAGUGGUGUGGUUGUCCCUGUAUGAGCGCGAAAAAACGAUUUUUAUGGUAAGCAUCCGGUCGAGCUAAUGUGACGAAGCACACGAUUACGUUUGUUUCUCCCCACUGAACAAUUCAACUUACUACCCUCACGAAGGUGAAGAAGCCGAAGACGAUGGACUGGUUCCACUGUAACCGAUGUUUCAGGAGGAAAGGGCCCAAGUUCUUCGUCUCCAGUUGUGGCCAUAUCUGCUGUGAGGGUUGCAUCAACUCCACAGAACAAUGCACCGUUUGUGGAGCCAGUUGUCAUUAUCUGCCUCUUACAGAUGCGAUGAAGCCACAGGAAGAAGUGUUUUUCAAGGACCCUGUGAAACUUAUUCAAACACGGCUUGAGCACAUAACACAGAUUGCCCUCUUUCAACGCAAACAGAAGGAGCGAGUAACGGCCUACUUCAAGCAUAAGUCUUCUGAACUGGAGAGACGCCUGAAGGAGGCCACAGAGCAGGGUUACAGGCAAGUCUGUGAGCUGAAAAGACAAAAUGCAGAGUUGAAGAAGCCUCUUUCUCAGAGAAGGGUCUCACCGGGACAAUUUCUAACAAGCAGUGCCCACAGGAUAUCUCUUCCAGUUGCGGUCACACCUCCAGUGACACCUUGCCCACAGAAUAUGAGUCAUCCCAGCUCGGCCGAAUCCCAGGGGAGAGCUAGAGGCCCACGGCUUUCCCUCACGACACCACCUGGAUCGGCCCGGUCCAUGUCCACUCAUACUUCCCAUCAGGACUUCAGUACACCAGUCUCCUAUACUCCUCCAUUCAGGGCGGGAAAUCAAAACCCAAAUGUUUUCCAGUUUCAGUUAUUCAGUGGAUCAUCCCUACAGUCUCCCAGACCUGGGAGAAAUUGGCACUGAAAUCCAUUUAGUGGUCACGUUUCUGGUCAAUUUAGUCACGAUGAGGUCAUCCCAUUUAUGGUAAACCCUAGGUUUGUUUUUGUAGUUGAAUGACUUGUUCGUUUUGCACAGGCCAUGUGGCAUUAUGCUGUUUAAGAUAUAUAUCCAUUCAUAGGUUUUCAUAUUCUAUAUUUUAUUCAUAAGAAAAUGGCUGGAAAAGUUAAUUUCUAUUCAUGGUUUCAAAAAACAUGCAGUUUUUGUACCAAUAAACUUUUAUUAGCAUU